GGAUACAAUAAUUAAUAUUAUCGCCAUAACUAUUUCUAACGAUUCGCCCAUCCAAAAAGAAAAAGGAGUUUAGCCUACAACUUAUUAAAAAGACCAUCACCAAGUACCAAAUAUCAUCGGAAUAUUCGUCCAAAAGAAAAUCAUCGGAAUGGAAAAAAAUUCCGACCAAUCAAAAACUAUUAUAGUCUCUGGAGACUAGGCUUAUGAAACCCCUGAGUAAACUACACGCUCCCUCUCUUGCGCGUGGAAAAAAAUUUCCAAAACCCACAAUUAAAGCUCCUUGUCAUAACCCAAACCUAUUACCUCAACUUGACGUUGCCUUCACCUCCCAAAAAUUCUAUCAUCAACAGGCGCUUGCAUAACACGCAAAAUAAAUCGAGCGUCGGUAAAACACUCUACACAUCCGUAUGAUUCUUCCCGAGCACGGCACUUUUGAUGCACCCACACGCUUCUUCCAAGUGCUUAUUUCCACGAGGGCAUUCACCACCGUACACCUGUAAAGAUAAGAUGCAGGGAAAAAAAAUUGACGGGAAAAAAAUCGAAAGCACUUUUUAGAGAGAGAAAGCGAGCGGCGUUGAGAGAGGCGGAUUCGUGAGGAGAUCUGAAAUCGAACAAGCAAAGGUUUGUCGUGUUUUUUUUUUUGGGUCCGUUGGUUGAAACUUCGGGGACUCUCAAGUUUGAGAGGUCAAAUUUAGGGUUUUUGGUGCAGUGGUAGUUAAACCCUAUUUUGGAUUUGGUCGCGGGUGCAUAAUUGUUUUGGUUGGAGACUGGAAAAAAAAAGGACUUAGGGUUUAAAACCCUGAUAUAUGUGUAUGGCUUCGGGGAUAGUAGUUGGAGAAGGAAAAGAUGUUGAGAGAGAGAAACAGAGGUACAGUGGGAGCAAGGUUUAUACCAGGAAAGCGUUCAAGGGUUCCAAGAAAAACAAUCUUCUCAACUCCACUGUUAACAGUAGCGACCCCAACCACCACCACCACCUCCACGACACCACCACCACUAUCACCACCACCUCUGACAACAACCUCGACAACAACAACAAAAAUGACAACAACGUGGGUAGGGCUGCUUUGAACGACACUGAUGUCACCACAACAGCUGUCCCUAACACCAACGACUACAGCAACCACCCUGUUGAAAUACCUGCUCAGCCUCUUCCUUUGGAGUUUGGGGAUUCAGCUCACCAACAGCCUGGCCCUCGUGCGGAUACUGCUGUGUCUGAUGACUGUUCAAGCCUUAAUAAGCAGGUGGCUGUUGCCGGAGCAUUGAAGCCUAGUUCCGAGAACCAGGUGAAGAUCAAUUUGGCUUUAAGGUCAAAGCAGGAGAUGGCGGAACUGAGGAGGAAGUUGGUAAGUGAGCUUGAUUUGGUGAGGAGUUUGGUGAAGAGGAUUGAAGCUAAAGAAGUGCAAAUAAGGGUGUUUAGUAAUGCCCCUGUUCCUUUGAAUAAUGCUGUUGAUUAUGGUUUGAAUAGGGUUCAACCAGAGCCGGCCUUGGUAGGCAUCUCUCAGGAACCUGUUAAGAAAUCAAGGCCUUUGAAUCAGUUGAAUAUUUCUGUCUUGGAAAAUAAUCAGGGUGCAACUGAAAAUUUGGAGAAGGAGAAAAGGACGCCUAAGGCAAAUCAGUUUUAUCAUAAUUCUGAGUUUUUGCUUGCAAAAGAUAAGUUUCCUCCAGCUGAGAGUAACAAGAAGUUGAAAUUAAACGGGAAGAAGCAAGGUGGAGGUGAAUUCACACAUGGGUUUGGCAUGGGUAAUAAGUUAUUUAAGAACUGUAGUUCUUUGCUUGAAAGACUAAUGAAGCACAAGCAUGGUUGGGUCUUUAAUUCUCCUGUUGAUGUCAAAGGUCUUGGUUUGCAUGAUUACUAUAGUGUCAUUAAGCAUCCCAUGGAUUUGGGCACUGUGAAAACAAGGCUUAGCAAAAACUGGUACAAGUCUCCUAGAGAGUUUGCAGAGGAUGUGAGAUUGACGUUUCAGAAUGCCAUGACAUAUAAUCCUAAGGGACAAGAUGUUCAUGUAAUGGCAGAGCAGUUAUCAAAGAUAUUUGAGGGCAAAUGGGCUUCUAUAGAGGCAGACUAUAUUCGAGAUAUGAGACUUGCAGUAGAAUAUGAAGUGAGUCUACGUAUGCCAACACCAAGAAAGGCACAUUCAAUGCUACCACCUCCGCUUGAUACAAGAAGGAUCUUGGAUAGAUCAGAGUCAAUGACACGCCCUGUUGAUCCAAGACCAAAACUAAUUGCUACUACUCCUUUGGGUAGGACUCCUGCUCCAAAAAAGCCUAAAGCGAAGGAUCCUUACAAGAGGGAUAUGACUUAUGAAGAGAAGCAGAAGCUUAGCACUAACCUUCAAAGUUUGCCUUCAGAGAAGCUGGACAACAUUGUACAGAUUAUUAAGAAAAGGAAUUCAGCCGUCCUUCAACAUGAUGAAGAAAUAGAAGUAGACAUUGACAGUGUGGAUACCGAGACUCUUUGGGAGCUGGAUAGAUUUGUUACCAACUACAAGAAAAGUUUGAGCAAAAACAAGAGAAAGGCUGAACUUUCCAUUCAAGCCAGAGCAGAAGCUGCGCAGACUGUACCUGAGAAAUUGCAGACUAUGGCUCCUGUUUUGGUGGAAGUGCCCAAGCAAAACACAACUAAUGAACAGAAUAUUUCCAGAUUACUUGUUGAAGAAGAAAAACAGGGAGAUGCUGCUAAUAGGUCGAGUAGUUCAAGUAGCUCUAGCAGUGAUUCUGGGUCUUCUUCAAGUGACUCUGAUAGUGAAAGUUCCUCGGCCUCUGGAUCUGAUGCUGGACAUUCACCUAGAGCUUGACUGUUUCUCAUUCAGUUGUGGGCCUUGAGACCCUGAGUCAACUCCUCAACGAGAUUUCAACUUGAAAGUCGUAGAUGCAUAUACUGAGAGGGGAGAGUGAGUUUCCAAGUUUAUUUAAUAAACUCCCUUUCUAUUUGAAAUCAGUGGACUGCAACGUGUAAGGAAAAAGAAAAAAAAUCUGCAGACCUUACAUGUCUUGGCGAAUUAAUAUCCUUAUUGGCUUCGACGAGUUUGAUGUAGCAUUUGGGUGUAUAGUGAAGAUUUUGGUAGUUCGGACCUGAAGGGCUCUUUCCAGGCGGUUGAGCCACCGCCAAGAUGCUGUCGUUGGAAUUGGGAACAAGGCCUCAGGAGCACUUGACCAUUUGUGGAGUAUCUGUAUAAUUAUAAUUAGGAUGGGUAGAAUGUGGUGGGUAGAAUGUGGUGUUGAAUGGGUAGGGAUCAGGAAUAGGAAAAACUGGAAGCACGUGUGUAAAUUGCUAAUUUAACUAGUGCUACUCAACUCACCCUAGUUUCAGGGCACUUUGUUUUAUUGUGUUUAUGCUUUCUGAUGGGCAGAAGAUUUUUUAAUUUGAUGUUAUUAUACAGCAAGAAAGAAACAAGGCAUUGUAAUUCAGAAGUAGUAAGUAUGCUUCAAAUGAAAAUUAAUAAUUAUGAUUUGACGUUGCCCUUA